UCAUUAGUGUUUAUUAUUGCUUAUGUUUACAAUUUCUCUCUCAUGCCAGUCACACACACUCUCACCUGGUUUAACAUUGCAAAGCAAACUAAGCUAUAUAAUGUGUCUGAGGAAUUGUCUGGCAAAAAAAAAUGUCUGGAAUUUUUUAAUUAAUCAAACUAUUCAAACAACUACCACAGUGGAAAACCCCAUUGCAUCCAUUAGCACAGAACUUAAAUCAUUUCUCCAAUAUGUAGCACAUCCAAGCAAUUAUCAUUUUAUUCUGGAUGAACCUGAUAAAUGUAGUCAGUGGGAUCCGUUCCUGGUCUUUAUGGUCCCUGUGGCGCCCCAUCAGGUAGAGGCUCGUAACGCCAUCCGGAGCACAUGGGGGAAUGAGAGCUCAGUGCAGGGAAAAGCAGUGCUGACUCUGUUCUUGGUGGGUUUGACUGGAGGACCUGAAGCUCAACAGAAGCUGGAGGAAGAGAGCCGUCAACACAGAGAUUUAGUGCAGAGCAACUUUGUGGACUCCUACUUCAACCUGACCAUAAAGACAAUGGUGAUCAUGGACUGGUUGGCCACUCGUUGCCCUCAAGCAGCUUAUGCUAUGAAGAUUGAUUCUGAUAUGUACAUAGGCCUGGAGAACCUGAUGAGCCUGCUAUUGGCCCCCAACACACCCAGAGAGAACUACAUUACAGGCUAUAUGAUGUGGAACCGGCCUGUCGUCAGGAACAAAAACUCAAAAUGGUUUGUUCCUAAGGAGCUGUACCCUGUACGGAAAUACCCCACGUAUGUGCUUGGAAUGGGAUAUGUUUUCUCCAAUGAUCUUCCCCCCAAAAUAGUUGAGGCUUCUGAAGCCAUAAAACCCUUUAACAUGGAGGAUGCUUAUGUGGGUGCUUGUCUGAAAUGGUUGGGCAUAAAUCCCUCUGGCCCUCCACAUCCUUCUCAGUUUCGGACCUGUAUAAAAGAUCCUAAAAGUCAAGACCUUUCCAAGGUCAUUACAGCAAUUGCGGGGUCACCGGAGAAGGUGGUAAAGUUCUGGUUAAAUGUGAAGGGACAUGAACAGAUAAACCAUAACACAAAGAACAAGGAUGAGCAAGAUUAAGACCCAUCACGUCCUUUGUGUAUGUAUGGUUCUGAUACACUUGAAAGGUUGUGAUAUCUCAACGAGAUUAAACAUCAAAAUUGACUGCUGUGGAAUA